CAGUGGGUUAUCAAGCGUCAGUAUACCGUACUUUGGUAACACUUUUUACGUAGCCCCUACUCUUUGCUUCAAAGCUGCGGCACAGACAGCACUACCCCAGCCCAUGCCUCACACUGCCGGUGAGUAUUGUUGAAACGUCGAGACGCAUCUUUGAAGCAUUAAAGCACUGACAAAUCACAAAGUACCAGACAGAACAAAGGUGGUGAACUAAGGUCGCUGACGAUUGCUAUGACAACGAAACGUAAGCUAACUUUUCAGCUAAACCAGAUAUUACUAACCCAAUAGUAAUAGGCAAGAUGGACAAACGCAGGAUAACACAAGAGACAUUCGACGCCGUCGUCAGGGAAAAUAUUGAUGACUUCGAGAUGGACGCCGAAGAUGCAUUGAAAGAGGCCAUCGAGCAGUUUGAGUCCCAGGGUGUGGAUCUCAGUAACAUAGUUAAAGCAGUGCCUAAUUCCUCUGACAACAACUCAGGUGAUCAGACACACGAGGUCCUCCAGGUGCUGGAAUCGCUCCGACUUGCAACUCUGGCACCUUCACUGCCAGCUGACAUCACAGAAGACCUUACACGCUUCACUAAACAGUGCUCUCUCGGGUUUGCCCAAAGGCACUUAGCUGCCCAGAAGGAUGCCUACCCUACAAUCCUUUCCUGCUGCCUGAAGUUGCUAGAUAAUGACACUGCUGCCCUAUCGUCUGCCCUUUCCGCCCUCUCAUCUCUGACUGAUGGGCAGCCGGACCUACUAGAUGAGCAGGGGCGGAACUUCCUUGUGAAGGCCCUGGAUGAGCAUAAGGAAGACCCUAAUCUUACAUGCCUGGGGGUGCGCACGGUGCGCCACUGCUGCCUGAAGCAUGAACAGAACCGACAGGACCUGGUGAAGGCUGGCGUGCUGGCGCUGCUCACUGGGGCAAUCACACGCCACGUCGGGUGCGCUGAGGUGGUUCGGGAGGCCUGCGCUGCUCUCAGGAUGAUGAUGUUUGACGAUGAUGUCCGUGUGCCAUUCGGACAUGCUCAUGAACACGCCAAAAUGAUUGUCCUGGAACACAGUGGCUUGAAAGUCAUAAUUCAGGCAGCUAAAGAACACCCUCAGAAUACCCUAGUCCUGAGUGAGCUGUGUGCCACACUGUCUCGACUCGCUGUGAGGAACGAGUUCUGUCAGGACAUAGUGGACCUGGGAGGCUUGAAGUUUAUGAUAGACCUGCUGGCUGAUAGCUUGGAUUCCAAGGAACUUGUAAGGCAGGUCUUUAGUGCCAUCAAAGCUAUAGCAGGAAAUGAUGAUGUCAAGGAUGGUGUUGUUGAUGCGGGAUGUGUGGAGCUCAUCGUCAUGGCAAUGAACAGACAUAUGUCAAAUGCACAGGUGUGUGAUCAGGGCUGUGCAGCCUUGUGUGUUGUGGCACUACGAAAACCCAAGAACUGUAAAGUGAUCAUGGAGAAUGGGGGUGCCCUUGCUGCACUACAGGCUAUGAGGACCCACCCAGGAGUAGUCAAUGUACAGAAGCAGUCAUGUAUGCUGUUGAGGAACCUGGUCUCCCGCAAUAGGGACUUCAACCAGCCAAUCUUGGAGAUGGGUGCGGAAGCCCUGAUUCGCCAAGCACUUGCCAGUCACCAAGACUGUGGAGACGUAGGCAGGGCUGCCCUCCGAGACCUCGGCUGCCCAGUUGAGCUUCGAGAGCUGUGGACAGGUCAGAAAGGCAGCCUCUCACACUGAUGAAGGGGAGAUCUGAGGGACGUCUCAUGGAGAACAAGCAUCUGUGAUUGAGGCUGUCUCAUCCCACCAAACCAUACUGAGGCCGAAGCAGCUCAGACUUCAGAGCUCUGUGUAGUCUGAAUCUAGAAUUGUAACCUUUCACGGUUAAAAAGGACAUUACCACAACUUGUUGAAGGUAUAUUUUUUUGUCUUCAUUGUUAUAUUAGUUGUUUCUUUAAAGGUUGAAAGUGUCCACGCAACACUGACACUAACAAGGAUAAUGCUUUUGAAUUCAUGGUGACCCAGUCCUGUGCAACACUGUAGACAUUCUUGACCAAUCCUAGAAAUUAAAUAUAUAUUUUUUUUAUCAUGUUUUUUAAGUGCACUUAUUGUCAUUCAUUUUUUUCUUUUACUUAAAUCCAUAACCUGCAGUUUACAGCUAGUAAAGUCAUAUGAUAAGGCCAAUUGUGUCAUUCCAGCAUGUUUCACACUUAAUAAAAUAAACUAGUAUUUAUCUCAAA